CUAUAGCCAAGACCGCCAAGCAUACAGGUGGACUUUGCCCCCUGUUCCUUAAUAUAUACAUGCGUGUACAACGUAGUUAUAUAUAUAUGCAGAGGAGUAGGCUGAAGUUAGGCAGGCUGUAACAGAUGUUAGGUGUGUGCCAGUAUAUAGGGCCAGUUCAGGAUAUACAUGUAUAUAUAUGUAUUAGACUGACACAGGUAUCUGUAUCAAAGAACAGCUGAGUAACCAUGGCUGAAGCACAUUCGGCUGUCGCGUUCACCUUCUCGGUGACCCACGAAGGCGUUGACGUCAACGUGAAUCAUGAGGCAUUAUGGGCCAUCUGGAGCAGUGGCGUUCUCUCCUGGAAGAAAAGGAUAGGGCGAAUGAAGAACAACUUCAUCAAUGGGAUGUACCCAGCUGGUCCUAUCAGCUUGUUGUUCCUCAUGGCCAUAGUGUUGGCUCUGAAGCUUGCUGAUGUUGACCCAUCCUGGGGCCUCAUUAACUACAUACAGGACCAUCUCCCUGGAGCCUGGGAUUACAGGUUUUUGGACACAAGGUUUCAUUCGAUUAACCUGUACAUCAGCUGCUGCCUCUUUUCCAUCCUGCUGUGGAUCCUCAAAGUGACAUUUCUGCGGAUCUGCCUGCGGAUCCUCCUCAGUUACAUGGGGUGGAUGUACGAGAUCCGAGGCAAGAUGUCGAUGAAGACAAAGAUGUGGGCGGGCCUGGUCCGUUUAAUCGGGGGACGCACUCCACUGCUGAACAGUUACCAGAACUCACUGCCAAACCUUCCAGUUCCAGCAGUGAAGGAUACUCUGAAGAGGUACUUGUUGUCCGUGCGUCCUCUGAUGGAUGACGAAGAGUACGAGAAGAUGAAGAAGUUGGCCACAGAGUUUGAGGAGAGCCUGGGAUCUAAACUACAACGCUACCUCAUCCUCAAGUCAUGGUGGGCCACAAACUAUGUCAGUGAUUGGUGGGAGGAAUAUGUUUAUCUCAGGGGCAGAUCACCCAUCAUGGUCAACAGUAACUUCUAUGGUGUGGAUGCCUUGCUGGUGAAACCGUCUUGUAUCCAGGUGGCCAGAGCAGCUAAUGUCAUUCAUUGUAUUCUCAUGUACAGAAGAGAUUUGGAGAGGGAAGAAUUAAAACCGUUGAUGUUGAAUAAGACAGUACCGUUGUGUUCAGCUCAGUAUGAGAAGCAGUUCAACUCUACCAGAAUACCAGGCAUUGAAACAGAUACGCUAGUCCACAGGAAGCACGGAGAACACAUUGUGGUUUAUCACAAAGGCCGUUUCUUCAAGGUCUACCUGCGACACAAGGGACGGAUCCUGAUGCCAUGCGAGAUUGAACUGCAGCUGCAGAAGAUCUUGGAUGACCCUAGUGAGCCAGCCCCUGGGGAGAAACAUUUAGCUGCCCUAACAGCUGGGGACAGGGUACCCUGGGCUAAGGCAAGGAAGGAGUACUUCUCCAAGGGCAAGAACAAGGCUUCUCUGGAUGCUAUAGAAAAGGCUAUCUUUUUUGUGGCUCUUGACGAUGAACCACAGGACUACGACCCUAAUGAUGAGUCGAAGCUGAACCGAUUUGGCCACUCCAUGCUUCACGGUAAAGGAUAUGACCGGUGGUUUGAUAAGUCCUUCACUCUGGUGGUCACCUCUAAUGGCAGGAUUGGAUUCAAUGCAGAGCAUUCAUGGGCUGAUGCGGCCAUCAUGGCCCAUCUCUGGGAGUUCACCAUUCUGCGAGAUUUACUGGGGCGUCGAUACACAGAAGAUGGUCAUUGCUUGGGAGAUGCAGAAAUACAACCUCCCAACCCCAUAAAACUGGAAUGGGACCUUCCACUGCCAUGUCAGGAUGUCAUUAAAAACAGCCUUCAGGUGGCCAAUCAGCUCCUGAACGAUGUUGACCUUCACCUCAUUAUGCACAAUCAGUAUGGUAAAGGUUUUAUCAAGACAUGUAAAGUCAGCCCUGAUGCUUACAUCCAGAUGGCGCUUCAGCUGGCCUAUAUCACGGAUCAGGGCAAAUUUUGUUUGACGUAUGAAUCGUCAAUGACACGUCUCUUCCGUGAGGGAAGAACAGAGACUGUAAGAUCAUGCUCACUGGACUCGGUUGCUUUCUGUCGUGCCAUGGAGGACAAGACAAAGACGGUGGAAGAUCGUAAGAAGCUGUUACGCCAGGCCUGUGACAACCACCAGCAGUUGUACCGCGACGCCAUGACUGGGAAGGGCGUGGACAGGCACCUGUUCUGUCUUUACGUCGUCUCUAAAUACCUCGGCGAGGAAUCUCCCUUCCUGCAGCAGGUUCUUAGUCAACCCUGGAGACUCUCCACCAGUCAGACUCCUCAUCAACAGACGGACAUGAUUGACCUGAAGAAACACCCUGAUCACAUCUGUGGGGGCGGAGGAUUUGGCCCUGUUGCCGAUGACGGUUAUGGCGUGUCUUACAUCAUUGCUGGUGAAGAUUGUAUCAUGUUCCAUGUCUCCUGUAAAAACUCCUGUUCCACAACAAACUCCAAGAAAUUUGGGGACAGAAUAGUAAAAGCCAUGAACGAUAUUAAGAAUCUGUUCAACACUGAUUGACAUCUGUAGGAGUGUAGAAAAAUAGCCGUCUGUCAGCUUGAUCGGUCACCAGUGGAGACAAGGCCCAGCUCGUUCAGUUUUUAUAAAGUGGAUUUUGUUUGUUUUAAUUUAUACCACUCCUAUUCCAUCCCCAUAGUUUUCAGUGCUCAGGUGGGAAGUGAAAAUGUGUACAUAUCUUUUUAAAAAGAAAAAACCUUUGAGUGAAUAUGUUACAUUUUUGGGGGGGUAUUUUUGUUUGUUUUUACUGUUUCAUGAACCUAUAUAUUUUACUCAAGCAGCAUUUUGGUUUUAAUUUUACGGGGCCUUGUAUCUGGGCAGAUGUUGAAUCAUUGAUAUAGCAGUUGUUGGUAACGUGUGAGAUUUCUUCUUUCUGAUGAUUUAGUGUUUUGUAAAGCAGUUUUUAUGCAUUCACUCCUUUGUUUAUUUGUUUUGUGCAUUAUCCAUGCAUUUUUAAGACCACACAAGAAAAAUCUCAUGGGACAAGAGAGAGAUUGGCAGGAAAACUCGAAGCACAAACAAUGCAAUAUAACUGGAUUCCAAGUAGAUUUCAAUUGUUGUCCAAACUUUGUUUACUAAUAGCUGAAUGUACUUGACUGUUGGAAGUCCUGUCUUACAGGGCGAGGUGUUGUCUCGGUUUUGGUCACAUGGAGAUUUUUAACCUAUGAUAUAUACCCCAGACCAAUUUGUUGACUGGUGUUUUAGCCCCAAUUCAACCAUAGCUUGAAUAGCAGUUCACUUUAUCCUAGAGACCUUGAGCAUUUGUCUGUAAAUAGACCACAAUACAUACAGAGUGGGUCCAUAUGAACCUAUGUCAGACAUUAAGAAGAAACUGUCCAUUUUAA